UUAACAAUUGACCCUCUUGCGAGUGCCUCUGGGUCCUGGAUUCUUCCCCCUCCCUCGGCUAUCGUUAUAUAAGGUCCCGGACAGACACGGACCAUGGUGUGUCCAUCUCGCUCUCGCUCACAGUUCUCGGUUCCCUUCGGAGGCUUGUGGGUAGGUGAAUUCGUCGGUUCUGUGAUCUGCCUGCCUGCUAGAGUACCGAUCUAAGAAGAAGCCGAUGCCAAUUGCCGCGACCAUGCCCGGGGCCGUCGCCGCGCCGGUGCACGGGCCCGUGCACGUCGCCCCGCGCCACGCGUCCCCGGCGCGCACGGCGCCGCGGCGCGAGCAGUCGCCGCUGAACCCGAGCUCGCAGGCGGCGCUCCGCGCGGGCUCGGCGCCAUCGCCUGGCCACGCCGCCUCCGCCGGGGGCUGCUGCUCCUCGUCCGCGGAUGGCGUGAGGACUCACAUCGCCAACCUUGACCGCGUGCUCGGGAAGCCGCCGACCGUGCCGAGGACCAUGCCGGCCCACGCGAGCAAGGCGGAGGAGGAACAAGAACAGGAGCCGCUCAACAUCAGGCAUGGGCUCCUCAACGCGCUGAACCUGUCCUUCUUCGUCCCCAUGCCCGGGAUGCGGGCACGCAACGCCGCCGACGAGCACAUGUCCCCGCGCAGCCUGAUGCACAUGCAGCAGCUCCUCUCUGCCGACUCCCCGCGCGCGUCCCCGCGGAGCACCAUCGGGCUCCGCUGGCGCAGCCUCCACGGGGAAGACGGCUGGGCCGGGCUCCUGGACCCGCUCGACUCGGACCUCCGCCGCGAGCUCCUCCGCUACGGCGACUUCGUGCAGGCGGCGUACCAGGCCUUCCACUCGCUGCCCACGGCGUCGGCGAGGCACCGGGGCCUGAUGCUCCCGGACCGGUCCUACCGCCCCACGCGCAGCCUCUUCGCCACCUCGGCGCUGUCCAUGCCGCCCUGGGCCAAGCGGCCCAACACCCCCGAGUGGCUCACGCAGCAGUCCAACUGGAUCGGCUACGUCGCCGUGUGCGAGUCGGAGCGCGAGGUCGCCCGCAUGGGCCGCCGCGACAUCGCCAUCGUGCUCCGCGGGACGGCCACCUGCCUCGAGUGGGCCGAGAACCUGCGCGCCUCGCUCGUGCCCCUCGACGGCGAGAGCUGCGCCUGCGGCGACGACAGCAGCAGCGCCGCCGGAGCGGGAGAACCCAAGGUGGCGCGGGGGUUCCGGAGCCUCUACAAGACGGCCGGGGAAAAGGUGAACAGCCUCUCGGAGGACGUCAUGGACGAAGUAAAACGCCUCAUGGAGAAGUACAAGGGCGAGGAGCUGAGCAUCACGGUGGUCGGGCACAGCCUCGGGGGCGCGCUGGCGCUCCUCGUGGCCGACGAGAUCGCCACGACCAUCCCCGACGCGCCGCCCGUCGCCGUGGUCUCCUUCGGCGGCCCGAAAGUGGGCAACGCCGCGUUCGUGGAAAAGCUCAAGGAGAGCGGCAAGGUCAACGUGCUGCGCAUCGUCAACGCCGGGGACAUGGUCACCAAGGUGCCCGGGGUGGCGCCGCGGCUGCCGCUCACCAAGGAGCAGUACCAGCACGCGGGCGCGGAGCUGCGCAUCGACAGCAAGAACUCCCCCUGCCUGCGCCCCGACGCCGGCCCGGCGAGCCGCCACGACCUGGAGGCGUACCUCCACCUCAUCGACGGCUUCACCGCGACGGGGCACCCGUUCCGGUACGACGCGCGGCGCAGCGUGAUCAGGCUGCUGCAGCUGCAGAAGGGGAACGUGAAGAAGGAGUACGUGAACCGGGCCAGAGAGCUCGGCGUCGACCCCGCCGCGCCCGCCGACGUGGGCCGGAGCAUGGCGUAUGGCAACUGCGCCGUCGCGAGCCCGUCCUGAUCGACUGAAAUCGUGCAAGUGAUUUUCCGUAGGAACAAAAGGAUUCUUUCGUUUAGUCGCGGGCGGGUGUCGUGUCGGUUGCAGUACAGGAAAAAAGAUCUCAUUUUUCCUCUUCUUCUUUUCGACGCAUGUACAGGGAGAAAAUCAUGCAAGCAUGAUAGUAUGGCAUAAUUGAUCAGGUGAAAAGAUCUGAGUGUUCUGACCACAA